AUGGCUAAUCUGAACUUGGCAAUCCAAGUUCUUGAGAUUGCAAAUGCACCUGAUCAAAGUCGAAAUCCUUCCGUUAAACUUGCAAUUUCUCGUUACCAUUUAAAUUUGUUACCACUUACUAGAAAGGGUUCCUCGAUCUCGUACCACACACAUAUACUAAGCGCAAACACAAAUCACCUUCUUCUUCUUCUUCGAAAUAACCCUAAAUCGAUUGAAACCCCAAGUCACGUUCCCCAAAUCGUUCCUCAAAUCGUUCUUCUUCUUCGAAACGUUCACCUUGAAACCGACCAACCUCAAAUUGUUCCUCAAAUCGUUCUUCUUGAAACCGGCCAACCUCAAAUCGUUCCCCAAAUCGUGUUCUCAGGAGAAGCUCAUUCAAUCAAGGUAGAAAAAAUAUUGUACAAGGAAGAGUCAGAGUACCAAGAGUUUUUGAUGCAAAAGGCUUUGGACAAAAUUCGUUUUGAGGGUUUGACUGAUAAGAGCAAGCUUGAUGCUCAACCAGAGCUUUUCAUUAGGAUUGUGCCUGACAAAGCCAACAAGACUCUGUCCAUCAUAGACAAUGGCAUUGGCAUGAUCAAAGCAGAUUUGGUGAACAACUUGGGUACUAUUGCUAGGUCUGGAACCAAGGAAUUCAUGGAGGCAUUGCAGGCUGGUGCUGAUGUUAGCAUGAUUGGUCAGUUUGGUGUUGGUCUUUGUCAUUAACUUAUGGGAAAGUUCUUGUACUUGAUGGGAUUGUUCAGUUGACUGAGAAGGAUGAAUAUGCUUACCAGGAGAUGAUAGCUCAUCUUCCCCUCCGUUCCAUUCCGUCCCCAAAACGGUUUUAGAUGUAACGUUGAUUGCUCCGCCAAGAUACAUCUACAACCGGAAAGCAAAGAUUGGGCAUUGCAACCAGUCUAUUAAUUCAAUUAUAUGUAGGCUUAUAAGUGCUACACUUACUAGUAGUACUAGAGCUUGUGCUGUUUGGUUAGCUUUGUUUAGGCUAGUCUUUUCGUAGUUAGCAUUGUUUGAUUUUGUUAAGAGAUAGUUACAAUUUUUGUAAUUUAGUUUCAUGAAAAGUUUGUAACAGAAUUAUUUUUGAUUUGGUAGGAAAUUUGAUUCUAUAA